GAGCAGGCUGGGGAAUCCCGCCUAAGGGAAAAAUCUGAAACUGAAAUUGAGAAAGUUUCUCUCGGCAUUUCCCAAUCCCAGACAACAUGAGCAUGAGCAUGAGCAUGAGCACUCCCAUGGAGAUUGCCGAGCCAAACCCUAUGCUGGAGGAGGCUUCGAUUAUCACUCUUCCCAACGCUUCCAUGGAUGUCUCCUCUCACCAAAAUCACACUCAAUCAAUAACGACCAUCCCGGAGCAAACAGCCGUCGCAGACCCAAUCGCUUCACCCAGUCCUCCGCCUCCUCCUCCUCCUCCCCCUUGCCUCCACGAGAACAAAUUCCUCGUAUCUGUGGAGGUCUGCUUAAAGCCUUCAAGCACGGCUCGUCUAGAGGAUGUGCGGAGAGCUGUAGAACGGAUGCUGGAAAACAGGAGCAUGAGCUAUGCAGAUGGGCUGGUUUUGAUUCCUUCUGACGACUUGUUUCUUGUUCAAAAUGUGCAAAGAAUAUGCAUUUGUGAUACAGAGGAAUGGGUGAAAAACAAUGAUGUUCUCUUGUUCUGGCAAGUGAAGCCAGUUGUCCACGCCUUUCAGCUCAUUGAAGAAGGACCAUGUGAGGACUUGUGCGCAGAUGGGCAACCUGCUAGCUUUAAUGAAUGGAUUCUACCCGCAAAAGAGUUUGAUGGCUUAUGGGAAAGCCUAAUAUAUGAAUCUGGACUUAAGCAAAGGUUACUACGUUAUGCUGCAAGUGCGUUGCUGUUUACCCAAAAGGGUGUAAAUCCAAAUCUCGUUUCAUGGAAUAGGAUUAUUCUUCUGCACGGACCACCAGGGACCGGUAAAACAUCUCUUUGCAAAGCGUUGGCUCAAAAGCUUUCAAUUCGGUGCAACUCCAGAUAUCCACAUUGCCAAUUGAUUGAAGUCAAUGCUCACUCUCUAUUUAGUAAAUGGUUCUCUGAAAGUGGCAAGCUGGUUGCCAAGCUUUUCCAAAAAAUCCAAGAGAUGGUGGAGGAAGAUGGCAAUCUAGUAUUUGUUUUGAUCGAUGAAGUUGAAAGUCUAGCUGCUGCUCGAAAAGCGGCUUUAUCUGGCUCAGAACCUUCAGAUUCUAUCCGGGUUGUGAAUGCACUACUCACCCAAAUGGACAAAUUGAAAUCUGCACCGAAUGUGAUCAUCCUUACAACAUCAAAUAUAACUGCUGCUAUUGAUGUUGCUUUUGUGGACAGAGCUGACAUAAAAGCUUAUGUUGGGCCUCCAACUCUUCAUGUUCGUUAUGAAAUAUUAAGGUCUUGUGUUGAGGAAUUAAUAAGUAAAGGGAUCAUCUCAAGUUUCCAGGGCUGUGAUGGACUCUCUAUUCCAAGCUUUUCAAGUUUGAAAGAAAAGGCAAAUGAAAGUGAGGUUCAUGAUACAAAUACAAUUCCGUGGUUCUGUAGACAGUUGAUAGAAGCUGCAAAAGGGUGUGAGGGUUUAAGUGGAAGAUCGCUGAGGAAACUUCCGUUUUUAGCGCACGCAUCACUUGCAGAUCCGUAUAGCAAUGAUGCAAGUAAUUUCUUGUGUACAAUGAUAGAGACAGCUAAGAGAGAGAAGUCUGAACUGCCUGAAUGACCAUUUUUGUUUUGUGUACUAAUAACAAUGUAGAUGGUUUAUUCAGAAAAGUGUUAAGUUGAUUAUUUGGUUAU